AUGAACACGGCCUUUGCCAAUGCCGUCGCCGCGUUGGGCACUCCAGCUUCCUCAUCUAGCGAUAGUCGGUAAGAUUGUUUCCCAUCUCACAAAAUCCGUAAUUGUUUUAGAUGUGACACAAAAAACGACACGAAUGAAGUGUGCUCUCAACCCUUGAGUGCAUCCACAACCAUCUACACCAAUCAAAGCCCAUGGACGGAACACAUCCCACUUCUCGGGGGUAAGAUAAAACAUGUCUUCAAACGCAAUCGUCAAUCCAAUGGAACAUUUAAGUUUUGCUUUGUAGGUUACGCUAACGCCCUUGACGGGAAUGUAAACAUUGGCAACAAUUAUGUCUAUGAUCAACCCUUCCAGCCCACUUACUUUACUGGAAAUGGCUACAUCCCUACUUAUGGAGUCUUCUGCGACACUUUUGGGGCAAGGUUAGCUGGUCAAGGUAUGGAUGGAGAACACCCGGGAAUGUCAUUGGAUUCAGAAAUAAAAUCUGAAAAUGAUGAUGAAAAGUAGGAAUUAUACUUAUUAUGAAAACUAGAGAUUGUAGAAUCAAAUCAGAACAUGGCGAUUCGGAUGGGGGAGACGAACUCGAGACAAGCUUUGACGGUAAAAAAAGGAAAAGGAAACGAAGAGUGUUGUUCACCAAGGCUCAAACAUUUGCUCUGGAGAGAAGAUUCCGAAUGCAAAAGUAUUUAUCGGCCCCAGAAAGGGAAGAUCUGGCCAGGGAAAUCAAUUUAACGGCGACGCAAGUAAAGAUUUGGUUCCAAAACCAUCGGUAAGGGGCUGAAAUUAAUCACGAGGUUAAUUAUAACGCUUUUUUAUAACAAAUCACUUUCAGCUAUAAAACCAAAAAAGUGACCCCCGAGAAGCCAUCGUCAUCGUCCAGUUUCGACUCCACUACUCCUACCAAUCUCGCGACUGAUUUUACAGCGAGAAGGAUGCCAAUUCCGGUGCUAAUGAGGGAUUCGAACAUCAGCAUGAACAAUGUUGUCAACUUUUCCAACAACCCGUAUUUACCCGUCACCUCAAACGUGCCCACUUCGACGUUCGGAUCACAGUAUUACAUGAACAAUGGGUGGACGUGGCCUUCUUAA